AUGAAACCCAAUGCCUUGUGGGUUAGACCGGGAGGUCAUAAGGCUAAGGCAAGAAAGCCUGACAGAAAAUCCCCACAGAGUCCAGGUCAACGGCCAGGCAACAGGAGAUGGUGCUCUCUGGAAACACACCCGACAGAAGGCAAUGGCAAACCACUGUUGUACUUGCCAAGAAAAGUCAUGGAAAUGCACAGCUUACAGGAUAACCCGAACGACGUGAAUGGGGCCAUGUCAACAGGCAAUGGCUCCUCGCUCGGUAAGGAUUGCUAUGUGCGACAGGUAGCGCCUGACCGUCAACAAGCGACUGUCUGCAACAAGGAGACCAUCAGAAUCGGAACAUGGAAUGUGCGGACAAUGCUUCAAAGUGGUAAACUAGAGAAUGUCAAGCAGGAGAUGGCAAGGAUGAAGAUUAACAUACUCGGAGUCUGCGAAACAAGAUGGAAGCACACUGGAGAUUUUCAAACGGACAACUACAGGAUGAUAUACUCAGGAGGUGAAAAGCAUGAACAUGGAGUAGGGGUCAUAUUAGAUGAAGAGAGAGCGAAGUGUGUGAUGGGACACUGGGAACUGUCAGACAGAGUAAUGCUGGUGAAACUCAAAGGAAAUCCUUUUAACAUCAGUAUAAUAAUGGUUUAUGCGCCAACAUCAGACAGCAGCGAAGAAGAGAUUGACCAGUUCUACGAUACUCUGGAGAAAGCCAAGGAACAAUGCAAAUCACAGGAACUUAUAAUUGUGAUGGGGGAUCUCAAUGCAAAAGUAGGUAAUGCUCAGGAAGGAAGUGAAGGAAUGGUCGGCAAACAUGGGCUUGGAGUAAGAAAUGAAAGAGGAGACAGAUGGGUGCAGUGGUGUGCAGCACAUGGUCAAGUCAUUACCAACACAUGUUUUCAAGAACACCCAAGACGAUUAUGGACAUGGAGAAAACCAGGAGGAGAUGUCAAGAACCAAAUUGAUUACAUUACCAUCAACAGCAGAUUCAGAAACGCAGUUAAGCAAUCAAAAGCAUAUCCAGGUGCUGACUGCGGGAGCGACCAUAACCCAGUCAUCUGUAAAUUAAUGGUAAAGUUAAAGAAAUUGAAGCCGGCAAAGGUUGUUCCAAGGCUGCAUUACGGAGCGCUGCAAAGCGACCCUAAACUGAAAGAAAAGUAUUCAGUGGCGGUAAAGAACCGGUUCCAGGCAUUGUUACAAGAUGGAGAAACUCUGUGGGAAUCGCUAAAGAACGCUCUGGUCGUAACAGCCAAGGAAGUAAUACCGAAAAGGGAGAAGACAUCCAAAAGGAAGUGGAUGACAAAGGAGAUCAUGGAACUUAUGAAAAAGAGACAGACUAUAGUCAAGUGGAACAGUGAGGAAUACAAGCAGCUUGACAGAGAGAUCAAGAUCAAAUGCCAAGAAGCCAAGGAGGCAUGGGUAAACGCAAAGUGUGAAGAAAUUGAGCAAUACAAGAACACAGACCCAGCAUCCAUGCACAAGCAAAUCAAAGAUCUUGCAGGGAAGAAAACCUGUUCUUCAUCGGGUUGUUUGAGAGCGAAAGAUGGAACCAUUAUUUUGGAGAAAGAAAAGAUACUGGAAAGAUGGACAGAAUACAUCCAGGAACUGUUCCACGACAACAGAAGAGAGAAGCCAUUAAUCGAGAAGAACAUGGACGGGCCACAGAUAUUAAAAUCGGAAGUGAGGGCAGCAGUUGGAAAGAUGAGGAAGAACAAGGCAGCGGGGCCAGAUGAGAUAGUUACAGAAAUGGUCACGGCAAUGGAAGACUUUGGGAUUGAAAAACUUACGGAAGUCUGA